CAGCCUAGAAAGAGAAGAGAGAAAGAGUUUGUUUCAGUUUUGCCCAAUCGACACAUAGACUUCAGAGUCAGUCCAUUUGAUAUCUUCUCAUUCUUUUUCUUUUCUUUUAUCUCAAUUCUCACACCUAUAUCACUCACAAUCAAAAGAAAAAGAAGGAAGAAACAAAAAGCUUAUCAUCAAUCUGAUUUGAUGGAUCUUUCAGAUCUAAUGCUUUCACAACCACAUGGAUUGUUAUUCUUUUCAACUUAACCCUUUUUAUUUAGAUCUCCAUUGCCUUCUUCCAGCUGUAGAAAGAAACUGAUCACAACAGAAAGAAGAAGAAGAAGAAGAAGAAGAAGAAGAAGAAGAAGAAGAAGAAGAAGAAAAUAGAAGCUGUUUGAAAAAGAAUUAUUUGAUUAUCAAAUUGUUGAUUCUACACUCUCCAAAGGAAAGGAGUAGAAAAGUGGAGGAUCGGAUAUUGUUACAUUCAUCAUAAAUGUGGAGAAAUUGGAGGCUGUUUCAGUGAGAUGAGGGAUGUUAGCAGGGUUGAUGAACUUUUUGAAAGCCUGCUGGCUACCGUCCGACCAUUAUGGACAGACGGGUUCAGACACGGUGGGUUGGCAGGAUGGACUUCUCUGGUACAAAGACAGUGGCCAACACAUGAAUGGAGAUUUCUCAAUGGCCGUUGUUCAGGCCAAUAAUUUACUUGAGGAUCAAAGUCAGCUUGAGUCGGGUCCCCUGAGCUUGCUCGAGUCUGGUCCUUAUGGAACUUUUAUUGGAGUAUACGAUGGGCAUGGUGGACCUGAGACUGCACGCUUCGUCAACAAUCACCUUUUCCAACAUCUCAAAAGAUUCGCCACCGAACAAAAAUCCAUGUCUGUAGAUGUGAUUCGAAAAGCAUAUCAGGCAACAGAAGAGGGUUUUCUCUCUGUGGUUACUAAACAAUGGCCAAUAAAACCUCAAAUUGCAGCUGUUGGUUCUUGCUGCCUUUCCGGUGUUAUUUGUGGUGGGACUCUAUACAUUGCAAACCUGGGUGAUUCCCGGGCAGUUUUAGGGAGAGUAGUCAAGGCUACUGGGGAGGUUCUUGCGGUCCAGUUAUCAGCUGAGCACAACGCUAGCAUAGAGUCUGUGAGACAGGAGCUGCGUGCAGCACAUCCUGAUGAUCCACACAUAGUAGUUUUAAAGCAUAAUGUGUGGCGUGUAAAGGGCCUCAUUCAGAUUUCUAGAUCUAUUGGUGAUGUGUACUUGAAAAGAGCUGAGUUCAACAGGGAGCCUUUGUUUGUUAAGUAUCGCCUUCGUGAACCUUUCAAAAGACCUAUACUGAGUGCAGAUCCUGCAAUUUCCAUGCACCAGCUGCAACCACACGAUCAGUUUCUUAUAUUUGCAUCUGAUGGGUUGUGGGAGCAUCUAACCAAUCAGGAGGCAGUCGAUCUAGUUCAGAAACAUCCACACAGUGGAAUUGCUCGAAGGCUAGUGAAAACUGCACUGCAAGAAGCAGCAAAGAAAAGAGAAAUGAGAUACUCAGACUUGAAGAAAAUAGAUCGUGGAGUUCGUCGACAUUUCCACGAUGACAUAACAGUCAUUGUUGUAUUUCUUGAUCCAAAUCUUGUUAGCAGGGCCAGUACAGUAAGAGGUCCAACAAUAUCUGUAAGAGGGGGCGGGAUCAACAUCCCUGCUAACACCCUCGCACCAUGUACCACUCCUACAGAACUAGGUAGCACCUGAAGAAUCCAACUGGAUGUUUCUCUACUAUGCCAAAUGCAGCACCGCACUUUGGGUCCUAUACAUGAACGAGCAUCAAUCAUAACACUCGCAACAGUGCUGCUAUCCAAGAGAAAAAACAAUCAUGAAGAACUCCUUCGUGUAUUCAAUGUACACUACAAACUUUUAACUUUGUGGGAGGAGAAGAGAAAUUUUAGAAGCAUAGUUGCUAAGCAGAAGACAAGAAAAAAAAAGACAGAAGUUCAAGGGUGAAUUGUUGGUAGAAUGUCUCUGUUUAUAGUAGUUUUUCUUAUGCUAAGCAGAAGACAAGAAAAAAAAAGACAGAAGUUCAAGGGUGAAUUGUUCCAUCUUAUGCUUAGUAGUUUUCUUCUUUUUCUUUCUUUUAGAGAAUGGGGUAAAUUAUCUUUAAAAUUUUUGUAAAUUGUAUGUUACAACUUACACCAUGUUUAUUAAUGUAAGUUUUUCUUCAUCCCC